CUCCACCAAGCCCCCAGUGAUGGCUCUGGGGGCCAUGGGAUGCUCAUGGGGAGCUCUUGUCCCUCCAGUGUCCCCGUGCCACCGACAAGGACAUGGAUCCAUGGGGAUCUGCGGGGCCGGAGCAGACGGGGCUCUUUGGGGGCAAUGGGGAGGAAGAUGCCUACAACCCCCCCGUGAUGCAGAUGACCCCGAGCGUCGUGGACAUGGACCCUCCAGCAGCAGAAGACCCCGAGAUCAUCGAGCUGGACACGGCCGCUUUGUUGGGCCACGUUGAGGAGGCUCCUGCGGGCGAGCGGGAGACGCUGCAUUGGACCGUGGUCCAACAGAUCGACUCUCCCACUGCCACCGGAGGACGUCGCAGUGGCAAAACCAGCCCCGGAGGCGGCGCCUUCUCCAACAUCAAGAGCAUCAUCGUGCUCCAGAAGAGCUACCAGUGCGGCGAGUGCGGGAAGAGCUUCAGCUGCAGCUCCCACUUCAGCAAGCACCGCAGGACCCACACCGGGGAGAAGCCCUUCUUGUGCCUCCACUGCGGCAAGAGCUUCAACGUCAGCUCCAACCUCUACCGCCACCAACGCUCUCACGGUGCCCAGCGCCCGUCGCCGCCGGCGCCGGCCCGAGGCUCGUCCUACAAGUGUGAGGAAUGCGGGAAGAGCUUCCGCCGCAACAAGGAGCUGGUGACCCACCAACGCCUCCACACCGGCCGCUUGCCCUUCCAGUGCGGCCACUGCGGGAAGAGCUUCAGCUGGAGCUCCCACUUUGAUCGCCACCAACGCGUCCACACCGGGGAGAAGCCCUACGAGUGUCCCGAGUGCGGGAAGUGCUUCAGCCGCAGCUCCCACCUCUACCGGCACCAGCGCACCCACGCCGGCGGCCGCUCCUACAUCUGCACCUAUUGUGGCCGCAGCUUCGGGAGCACCCUCCACUUUGACCGCCACCAACGCACCCACACCGGCCAAAGGCCCUACAAGUGCACCCUGUGCAGGAAGAGCUUCGGCGAUGGCUCGACGUUGGUCAAACACCAACGGCUCCACCUUGGAGACGGCCCUUUCCGUUGCGAAGAGUGCGGCAAAGCCUUUGGUGCCCGCGCUCAGUACGUCCGUCACCAGCGGAGCCACCACCGUGGUGGUGCCGGUGGUGGGGAGAAGCCCUAUAGAUGUGGGGACUGUGGGAAGAGCUUCUCCUGGAGCUCCCAUUGGGAACGGCACCAACGGAUCCACACUGGAGAACGUCCCUAUCAAUGCGGGGACUGCGGGAAGCGCUUUGGGAGGACGUCCCACCUCUACCGCCACCAACGGACCCACGCCGGGGGCCAGCCCCACGUGUGUGCUGAGUGCGGGAAGAGCUUCAACAGCACCCUCCACUUCCAGAAGCACCAACGGGCUCACGCUGGACCUCGACACGCUUGUCCCGACUGCGGGAAGGUCUUCACUGACGGCUCAGCCUUGGCCAAGCAUCGGCGGGUCCAUGGUGGGGAGAAGCCCUUCCCGUGUCCACGCUGUGGACGGCGCUUUGGGGUCAGGUCCCAUCUCCAUCGGCAUCUGCGUGGGCACGGAGAGGAACCGCUUGAGGAGCCACCAAAGGAGCUGGCGCCGUGUUAACCGAGGGAGGGAGGAGAAGGGGACGCGGUGGGUUGACCCCGUUGGGUGGCUGCUUGGCCACGUGUGGUUGCUUGGGGUUGUCCCCAUGGGUGCUGGUGUCUCGUUCGGUGGCACCGACCGAGGUCUCGAGGACGUAGAUGUGUAGGGUAGAGUAGGUAGGUAGAUAGGGGAGGAUGGAGAACGGGAAGUGAGGGGGAGUUCCCUAUGGAAUAUCAGGCUGAAUCCUGCCAAUGGGCACCAGGACAUCCCAACUGUGCUCCUUCUCCAUGGGUAGCCCAGGAGGAACCAUCUCCAUGUCCAAGAGGAACCAUCUCCAUGUCCAGGAGGAGCCAUCUCCAUGUCCAGGAGGAGCCAUCUCCAUGGGUGUUGGAUGCUGCAGGGAUGGAAGGGGAUGGGGUUGGAGGUGUCGACAUCCAAAAGACCCCAAAACAUCUGAGGUGGCUUCAUCCCACCAUCCCCGUUCCCCCAGCCUUGACCAGCACCCAAAGCCCAAACCCUCCUGGCCACACUUGGACCAUGAUGACACCAUCAAAUGACCCCGUUUGGGCCAAAACAGCCCAAAUUUGGGGCAAAAUAGCCCCAUUCAAGGGCUUUGGUGUUGAGAAACAAACCCAAAGGUCCACCUCCAGCAGGUCCUGGCCACCAUGGAGGGCUUUACUGAAGGUAUUUAUUGUAUUUAUGACAUGGGAACCCACCUGAGGUUGGAGGAACCCAACGUGAUGGGGUUGAGCUGGAGGUAAUGGGGACACAGAGGGUUUGUCCUCAAGCCCUUGGGUUGCUCCAUCAACCACCGCCCCAUGGUGGGACCCCACUGGGGAUGGGGAGGAGGUGGCACCAUCUGUGGUUGGAAUGAAGCCCCCAGGAGAUCAUGGGGAGGUGUUUCCUCAUGGAAGCAAGGAAAAGCCUUGGGAUGAAGCUCAGGGAUGGGAGGAGGACACAGAGCCGGGGGGCUGUGGUGGCCUUGGUGGCCAUGGCCCUGCUCCAUCUCUUCCCAAGCUGAGCAGAAGCUGUGUUUGUAGUGAAUAAACUAGACUAGUGCAAACCCCA